CGUGUAUAUAGGUGCGAUAAAUAAGUAAAAGCGAGAAUAUGUAAGUAUGCGUCGUUGGCGGUAUCUGUGGCGAUAUUCUAUGAUACGGUGCGAAGCGGCAGACGAUACUCCGAUAGACGAGAGAAUAUUCGAUUGCAGUGGAUAAGAAAGUUGUGCGGAUGGCUUGAAGAUGGCGAUAGCUACGGUAUCAGUGCUCGACACCGAUAGCUGCUCCGUUUACUAAUCGAUCAUUCCGGGUGUCGGGAGUCCGUGCGAAGUAGAUGCAAGUUGGUGUGCCUAUUUGAGAGGACGCAUACUUCGCAAGGACACUUGUGCUUUAGCACAAGAUGUUAGUUGGAAUUGUGUCGUGAAAAAUGUUGAGGACCAACAACAGCAACUUAUCGGAACGAAACACCGUUUGAGACGUCCAACGAUACCUUCUCCGCUUCGUUGCUGCACCGCUCCAAGUGAUUACGAUUAUGAUGAGAUAACAAACGCAGAAUGAAAUACAGUGGCAGUAACCUUCUUGGUUAUGCAGUUUACGCAUUUAUUCUAUUUUUUAACGUUAUUCAUGCAAAAAGUGGUGUCACCUGCAAAGAUCAACAAGGACGAAUCUAUGAAGAUACUUUUAUAUACAUUCCUGGCCCAGAACCCUGUACACUCUGUGUAUGUGAUAAUGGCAAUCCAAAGUGGUGUAGAACAGUUAUUUGCGAUUAUGGAGAUGCGCUUCAAGUGCAGGAAUAUUGUAAAUCUACUCGGCAUAUCUGUUGCCGAUAUAUUUGCUUGGAUGAUACAGUGUUAUCUAUACCGAAUGACAAAUCCGAUGGGAUUGGUAGCAACACAAACGAUGCUGCCACGAAUUACGAUAUAGGAGUACGAUUUGUUGCUAGUCUUGUAACAGCUAUAUUGUCAUUGUGUCUGUUUUUUUUUUUAGUACACCGUUUUCGCCGAAGAAAGAUACAAGUUUGCGUGGCAGGAAGGCAGAACAGACAGUUAGCAGAGGACCAAAGAAACUUAGGUAGUAUGGGAUAUUUAGAACGAGAUGGAUUGUCGCAUAGUGUUCCUAUGGAUGACAUUCCAUGUGGAGCUAGUUAUCCAUUGUGGAAACCACCAAAUAAUUACUUUCCUCGUGGCGAGGCUCCACCACCUUAUGAAGAAGCAGUAGCAGCAGCGAGAGCGGAACAAGCUCUUUUAUCCAUGAAUCCACAAGCGCUUCCGCAAUUAAAUUUUCCAAACACCUAUUUGCCAAAUACCAAUAGUCGUACAAGUAUAUCGUUAGUAGGAAGCACUCAAAGUGGUAUAAAUCGCAAUUCGUCAACGUUAAUUUGCGACGGCGUCAUAACGGAUCAAAGUGGCUUAAUCUCAACGCCAAGUAGGCCAAUAUCGAAUCCAAACAUAUAUGCUAGCUAUCGGCAGUCUAAUCAAAACGAAACGUUAUCUCCGAGUGUUAGUGUAGGAACUUCUACGACGAGUUUCACAAUGGGAACAAGUACUUACGAAAAUUUACCUACCCCCAUUGGAAUUCCCAACUUCAUUAAUCAGCGUCCUGAUGUAACUGCACAACCUUUAUCCAACUUCACCCAACAACAAUCUACUAUUCCGAAAAGUUAUCAAACGCAUACCACCCUUCCUCGACAAACUGGAGCAUUUACAAUAUCCGCAACCUUACCAAAUUCUAGCGUGACUACUCAUCGUACAAUUCCUAGGACUUUAACAACUCGUACCAGUGCAAAGUUACAAGAUAUUAUAAAUGAUUGCACUCAGAAAGAAUUUUUACGAUUUACGAUAACAGCUGAUAUUACUACGUCGAACAUACCACAUUCGUCGCAACAAAAUGCUGUAACUAAAUUAGAAAAUUCAAGGGAAAAUACAAAUCCAGAAACAUUUCCCGAAGAUGUACAAAUACAGCCUUCUUCUGCAUCUUCCUCAGGAUUGCAACAAAUUGAAAGACAACCAUUGGAUCCUAAAAUGGAACUAAAAUCUCAUGAUUUUAAGCCACCAUUAAAUAUAGCUAAUGGAAUUAAUGAAGAAGGAAGUUUUGAAUCGGUAACAUGCACUUGUAGCAUGCAAGCUCUUUCUACUCUCCACGACGAUACAGAUGAUUACAGAAGCGAAUGUGAAAAUUGUAAAAGCGCAACAGGUUCUCAUUAUUAUUUAGAUAACGAAGAUGAAUUAAUUACGUCUCCGCACGAAACUAUGACGUUACAUAGAAGACCAGAUGAAACAGCUUCAAAUGUUACUCCUCAGUAUUAUAGAACUUCACUCACACUGCCUAUAAGUACCCGUCAACGAACAAGGAGCACUGGCAUUCGUGAAAAUUGGUUCAACCCAAUGCCUCAAAGUUCCACAGAAUCCUCGGAUGAAAAUUGAUUGCAGUUAUGUGUUUCCUGUGCAUCGUAUAACUAUUAAAAUGAUUUAUAUUACACUACCAUUGAUCAAAAUUCAAUAUUAAGGAAGACGAACAAUGUUCAUAUUUUAUUGCGUUGCAGACAACGUUAUAUUGUCGGUAAAUAGUAUUACAUUGCCAAAUUUCAGAGUUACGGUGAAACUUUUUCUAUCUUGUUCACUGUAUAUAAACUAUUCACAUACAUACUCAAACUAUAUAUGACCUAUGGAAAAAAUGAGUCACGUUUUUGCUCUCACGGUUUUUCUUUACAUGUUAUUAAACUUUGAGAGCAAAGUUUAGAUAAUAUAUUUAUUGCAUAGCAAUUUACAAUUCCAAUAUGUUUAAGGACGUAACUACCCAAAGUAUUUUUAACUAUGUUCCAUGCAUAUCAUUUGUUAAAGAUUCAUCAACAGAAUUGAAAAUUGAAUUUUUUUAUCGUUUUAUUACAGAAUUCCUUUAUUGUUUUGUCAUGAACAGUAUGAUAUAUAUAUUUCGAGAAACUGGAUAACGCAAUAAAAUAUAAAGAACAGAUUAGUUCAUAUUAUACUCAUUGUUACAUAUACAUAUACUUUUUUUAUUUGUUUA